AUGUUCGGUAACCACACCAACCUUCCCCAGCCCCCAGAGCAACCCAACCCGACCAACCUCCCCCAGCCCCUAGAGCAACUCAGCCCGACCAACCAUCCCGACCAUUCUGGCCGCAACUCGCCUUGGCCUGCCGUCCUCGACUACGGCGACGCAAGCGCCGACUCACCCCCCCUCCCCCGCAAGACGAGGCUAGCGAUCCCACAGCACGAAGACGGGCCAGUGAGCGAGGGUGAUCCGCGCGCACUCACGAUCGCCUUGCCGUCGACCUCGCAUCAGCGUGCUGGGCAGGAUGACAGCCCCGCCGAGCCGAGCCCGCUCUCUAUGCUGGCGGAAGUAGCCCACGAUGAGAGGAAUGGGAUGGACGUUGACGCGCCGACUGACCCCACUGUCCAUGCCAGCUCCAGUCCACCUUACAGUCCGCACCUAUCAGAUAUCCACCCUUCUAGUGAACAAGAAGUCCGUGAUGGCGGUCACAAGCCCAAUGACGACAUGGGCGUUGGCUCGGCGGACCUCGCCAUCCCCAAAGCCACCAUCUUAUCACCGCUCACGUCCAUCGACUCGACGCCGACCAUGACCAUGACACCAUCCAAGUCUCUCGGGAGCCAGGCCGACCCAAUCGUCAUCGAAGACUCCUCGGACCCCGACACAUCCAAGGAGAUUCCCCUCUCCACUCAUAGACGUCUCAAUAAUCUGCCCAACCCAGGGCCAUCAAUGACCACCGACGCGCCGCGGAGCUCAUCAGCCCCCGUCCCUGGUGGAAGGGGUUGGUGGGCGGUGGGGAGCACGGCGGUAGCGACGCCGCGUGCGCCAUCGGUUGAUGAGGAGCUCGACAAGGUUGCCGAGCCAGAGCCAGAGGCUAACGAACUUGACCCCUCGCCACUUCUCACUCCCGCCCCGAAGAUGCGCAGCGGCCUCGGCAAGGGCCUCUCGGUCGUCGUCCCCCCGCCCCCUCAGCCGGAACAACAGGCCACAGAAGCGCAGGAGGCCACGCCAGUGAUGGUGCUACCAUCAUACCUCCAGCAAAUCAUUUCGAGUCGUACACCGCGCACACCGGUGUUUGACACGAUCAGAGAGAGGCCGAUCACAGAGAUCACAGAGACGGCCGGACAGUCCGAAGUUAUGGACCCCGAACCACCCAAGCGCCGCCGUGGUCGGCCGCUCAAAACUGCUGUCCCUCAGACUGCCGGUCCCAGUGCCGUUCCUAAAAGUGCUCUCCCCAAGACCAAAGCCGCGCCAAAGAGUGCCGUCCCCAAAGGCAAGGGCAAAGGGAAGAAGCCUGCCCACGUCGAUACCGAGGCUCUUCCACUCCCACCCCGCACACCUCCACCCCGCACACCUCCACCCCGCACACCUCCACCCCGCACACCUCCACCCCGCACUGUGGCCUCGGAGGACGCGAUGUGGAGCCCCCGCGAACUCAAGCAGAUUGAGCGGCAGGCAGCCGCGAAAGUUGCAAAGCUCCAGCGCAUGGCUACCACACCUGGCCGUGUCCAGCAGAGCGAGGACAUCGACGUGGAGACUGAGGUACCCGACCCGGAGGUGAUUCCAGCGGCGAACAAGUACCAGCCUAACAACAGGCUCUUUGGAACCGGUUCUGGGGGGCCCGCUCCGGGUACCCGUUCCCAGUUCGGACAUGACUACCACGGGCCCCAGGCUGGGCAGCAUGGCCACGCCAACUCUAGCUAUGAGCCUCGGGUGCGGUAUGGCGGCGUCCAGCAGCAUCGUCAGAACCAGGCCGGGUACGCUGACUAUCCCGAGCACCCUGGGCAGCCCGAACAUGCUGAGCGCCCCGACCACUUCGAGCAGCACCAGCAGUACCAGCAGCACCAGCACCAGCACCAGCACCAGCACCAGCACCAGCACCAGCACGCCCAGCACCAGCAGUAUCAGCAUGAUCAACACCCCGGCCCGCAUCCCCACGAAGAGCCCAACAACCGCCCACACGUCUCCAAUGAGGAGCUAAACCGCAUCCUCAGCCCGCGCCCGCGCCUCACAACUGACCGCGUUCUCUCCGGCUCCAGUGUUGCGCCCCUCGCCGACCUUCCCCCAAACAUCUCGUUCGACGACGAGUACACCGUCGGCGACUUUAUCAUCAUCACAUCCGACGAUGUCCUCUUCCGCCUCGACGGGCCGGACCUCGCCCACGCCAGCCGCGAGCUGUACGCUGCGCGUGCGCACACGCCUUCGGGCGAGCGCUUCCUAGUUCUGCGACAUCCCCACGAGAACGCAGCCAUGUUCCGUGCCUUCCUGGCUCUCCUUCUGCGCUCAGACUUGCCUAUCGACGGCGACGAGUACACUAUUGCCGAGACGCUCCGAGACCUCUUUGCCUUCCUGGACGGCUGGGGUUCGAACAAGAUCAAGAUCGCGGCCAUGAUCCUCCGCGACAAGUUGCCCGGCAUGACGCUGGCCAUGGCCCUAUCUGUCGGCGGGGCUGUCCAUGACGACAUGAUCAUCGAGAUGGCUCUGCAUCGCUGGGCACGGGUUACGGUGUCUAUCGCCGGGCCUGGCGAGGACGUGUGCAAGCCGGGCUUGCCUGGCCAUGCGGUGGUCACCGACCCCAAGAACUGGGACUUUGUACGGUACGAAGCCAUGCCACGCGAUUACGUGUAUGCCCUCGCCUCGGCUUGGGCGGCUACAACGACUACCCGCUUCCUUCCGCACGAGCUUGAUGACCUGGUCGUGCGUAACUUCCGCGAGGCGCUUCGUGACGCGAGGGCCCAGGCGCAGAAUCGCAAGCGUGGAGCCGAGGACCGCGUGGGCGGCGAGAAGAAGAUGCGGGAGGAGUAA